GCUUUCUUGCACGUCAUCGGUCAGUCAAGAGGAAGCUUCAUUUUAGGCUUUGGUGUUUCCAUAACUUAUCAUUUGUCCAAGCUUUUAUCUGAAGAGAACCUCUCUGCUAGUGUGCAAAUCGAGAGAUGGGUGUGCUGUUAGGGUAUCGCUUGUUCCAGCUGUUGAUGCUGCCGCUAGUGGGUGCAGCGGCAUCUGCAGCAGCUGCACCGCCUGGCUGCCGAAGGAGAUGCGGCGAGAUUGACGUCCCCUACCCUUUUGGCAUUGGUCCUAACUGUUCGAGGGAAGGCUUCUCACUAGAUUGCAACACAACGGAUGAUGGCCUCGAGAAACUUUUUUUGUCCGUCGUCGAGAUCACCGAUAUCUCGUUGCCACUUGGCCAGGCACGCAUGCUCAAUGAAAUAUCGUGGCAGUGUUACAACGUUAGCAGCAAGUCUCUGGAAUCCUCUCUCUGGUCUCUGAAUUUCGUCGGCACACCAUACAGAUUCUCCGACGACCUCAACAAGUUCACUGUGAUCGGCUGCGACACCCUCGCCUACAUCGGAGAUUUCGAAAGGGCCGACAGCUACCAGAGCGGUUGCGUGUCUACGUGUCACAACGAGGUGAGUUUGGUCAACAGCUCAUCAUGCUCCGGCAUCGGCUGCUGCCAAACCUCCAUCCCCAAGGACCUCACAUACUAUGAGGUCUGGUUUGAUUCAGAUUUCAACAGCUCGAGCAUCUGGAACUUCAGUGACUGCAGCUAUGCCGUAUUGUUGGAGGCGAAUCGGUUUGAGUUCCUAACAUCUUACAUCACAACGACCCAAUUCUGGUUCAACAACAACGGCAAGGCUCCUUUGGUGGUGGAUUGGGCGAUCGGAAACGAGACAUGCGAGGUAGCACAGCGCAACAUAACCUCGUACGCCUGCAUCAGCGAGCACAGCGAGUGCUUGAACUCUUCCAAUGGUCCUGGGUAUCUUUGUAACUGUUCGAGUGGCUACCAUGGCAAUCCUUAUGUCGCUCAUGGCUGCCAAGACAUCGACGAAUGUUCUGAUAAAGAUCGAUAUCCUUGCCAUGGCACCUGCAAGAACCUGCCCGGUAGCUACAAUUGUUUCUGCCCGCCAGGUACACAUGGUGAUGCCUUCAAUGGAACAUGCACCCAACAGCAGAAACUUCAAUCAUCAGCGAAGGUGGCUGUAGAUACAGGUACUGGCAAUGGCUUGAUCUUUCUACUAAUAUUCUGCAUGUGUAUCUAUAUGAUUUUUUGUGCAAAUCGAGAGAUGGGUGUGCUGUUAGGGUAUCGCUUGUUCCAGCUGUUGAUGCUGCCGCUAGUGGGUGCAACGGCAUCUGCAGCAGCUGCACCGCCUGGCUGCCGAAGGAGAUGCGGCGAGGUUGACGUCCCCUACCCUUUUGGCAUCGAUCCUAACUGUUCUAGGGAAGGCUUCUCACUAGAUUGCAACAAAAUGGAUGGCCACGAGAAACUUUUUUUGUCCAACGUCGAGAUCACCAAUAUCUCAUUGCCACUAGGCCAGGCACGCAUGCUCAGUGAAAUAUCGUGGCAGUGUUACAACGUUAGCAACAAUUCCAGAUACGGCUAUGUCUGGUCUCUGGAUUUCACCAACAGACCAUACAGAUUCUCCGAUGUCCACAACAAGUUCACUGUAAUCGGCUGCGACACCCUCGCCUACAUCGGAGGUUGGAAAAGGAACGACACCUACUGGAGCGGUUGCGGGUCUGUGUGUCACAACGAGGUGAGUUUGGUCAACAGCUCAUGCUCCGACAUCGGCUGCUGCCAAACCGCCAUCCCCAACGACCUCACAUACUAUGAGGUUUUGUUUGAUUCAAAUUUCAACAGCUCGAGCACCUGGAACUUCAGUGACUGCAGCUAUGCCGUAUUGUUGGAGGCGAAUCAGUUUGAGUUCCGAACAUCUUACAUCACAACGAACCAAUUCUUGAGCAACAGCAGCAUGGCGCCUAUGGUGGUGGAUUGGGCGAUCAGAAACGAGACAUGCGAGGUAGCACAGCGCGACACAACCUCCUACGCCUGCAUCAGCGAGCACAGCGAGUGUUUGAACUCUUCCAAUGGUCCUGGGUAUCUUUGUAACUGUUCGAGAGGCUACCAAGGCAAUCCUUAUGUCGCUCAGGGCUGCCAAGACAUCAAUGAAUGUGAUGAUAAAGAUCGAUAUCCAUGCCUUGGCAUCUGCCAGAACACAGUUGGUAGCUACGAUUGUUCCUGCCCGCCAGGCACACACGGCAACCCUUUAAAUGCAAAUUGCACUGCAGACCAGAAACUUUCGUCGCCAGUGAAGGUUAUUAUUGGUAGUGGCAGUGGCUUGAUCUUUCUACUAAUAUCCGGCAUGUGUAUCUAUGUGAUUUUUCAAAGAAGAAAAUUCAUCAAGAUUAAGGAAAGAUAUUUCAGAGAACAUGGAGGUUGGAUAUUAUUGGAAGAGAUCAAGGCUAAAGAGAGAUACUUUAGAGAACAAGGUCUUGCAUUUAAGAUAUUUGCCAAAGAAGAAUUAGAAAAAGCUACAGAGAAGUAUGAUCAGAACCGAGUCCUUGGCAGAGGAGGACAUGGUACCGUUUACAAAGGAGACUUGGAGGACAGUCGUGUCGUUGCCAUCAAGAAACCCAAGAUCAUUGAUGAGAGCCAAAAGAAUGAAUUUGGAAAAGAGCUGCUUAUUCUGUCGCAGAUCAACCACAAGAACAUAGUUAAGCUCUUGGGUUGUUGCUUGGAAGUGGAGGUUCCGAUGCUGGUUUAUGAGUUUAUCUCGAACGGGACCUUGUUCCAGCUGAUUCACGACAACAACAGGGCAUCUCCCUUUUCCUUGGCCACUCGCUUGAGGAUCGCUCAUGAGUCUGCCGAAGCUCUGGCCUACUUGCAUUCAUCGGCUUCGCCUCCCAUCAUUCAUGGCGACGUGAAGUCUUCCAACAUCCUUUUAGAUGAAAACUAUACAGCAAAAGUUUCUGACUUUGGAGCUUCGAAGCUGGUUCCAAAAGAUGAGGAUCAGUUUGCUACCUUGGUGCAAGGGACUUGUGGUUACUUGGACCCAGAGUACCUCCAAACCUGCCAGUUGACAGAGAAAAGUGAUGUUUAUAGCUUCGGCGUGGUGCUUCUGGAGCUGAUGACCCGCAAGAAGCCAAUUUAUUUUGAAGCAUCUGAAGAUGAGAGGAGCCUCGCAUCAUGUUUUAUUCUCGCGACGAAGGAGAACCGACUUAUGGAGAUCUUGGAUGAUCAGGUGAGAAACGAAGGGGAUACGGAACUGAUUCAAGAAAUGAGCGAGCUCGUAAAGCAAUGCUUGAAGUUCAUGGGAGAAGAAAGGCCUACGAUGAAGCAAGUGGCGGAAGAGCUCGACAGGUUGAGAAAAUUCAAGCAGCACCCGUGGGUACCGCAGAAUACCGAGGAGAUUGAGAGCUUGCUCAGUCAACCAUCAGUUGACCAUGAGACAUAUUAUCAUGGAAUUGAAACCACUACUAGCUAUAAUCCAGAGAAAAGAUUGGGAUUGGACAUCGAAUAUGGAAGAUGAUGAUCUGGUGCAUGCUCAAACUCUCUGGUUCUCGAGGCUUCUUGAUGCAAUCUUGAAUUGAUACUGCUGCUAUGUAUACUUGUGAUCGUGUGUGUUUGUGCCAGUGUAUAAUGGCGAAGAAUAUUUAUUAAUAACUACAGGAAAUCUCUGUCAUUUCCUUGCUGGAAUAUGUUGUGUGUAAGAAUAAGGUUAUCCCAAUAAAUAUUAUCAUUUCAA